CUCGUGUUUCUUUUCACCCAAAUUAAUCAUUCUCACCUCACAUCUCAUUCCAUCAGUCCUCUGUACCUGAUAAAACACGUUAGUCAGCUAUCUUAUCACACCAGUUUCACCAUGUCUACGCCAGUCAAAAGUCAGCUUCACCUCGUGCUGUACCGAGGAUUCCCAGUUUCCAAUUCCUAUGUCUGGUCACCUUUUGUCACGAAGCUUGAAGUGCGCCUUCGAUUCGCUAAGCUUCGGUUUCGCAUCGACCAAGGUUCAUUGAGCAAGUCACCCCGUGGUAAAAUACCAUACAUUGAGAUCGCCCAACCCAAUCAAGAUCAGCCGACCACUUUGAGUGACACCAGUCUCAUCAUCCAACGACUCAUCGAUGAAGAUGUUUGUCCAGACCUCAACGAGCCACUUUCACCAAUUGCCAGAGCCCAAGACGCUGCCAUCCGCGCCCUUCUCGAGGACAAGCUAGCCUUCUACCAAAGCUCGGAGAGAUGGCAAGACAACUACGAAACCAUGCGAUCAGGUGUGAUGGGUGCGAUCCCGUGGCCAAUACAGAAUCUUAUUGGUCUCCUUGCCUACCGUGGUGUCGCUCGGACCCUCUACGGCCAAGGCACUGGCCGUUUCUCUAGUGCAGAGCUUGCAGAAUUUCGGCGGGAUGUUUGGGGGCAUGUUAAUGCGCUCUUGAGUGAGACUCGCCUCACAGCUCCUGAUCUUCAGACACCUUUCUGGGUCCUGGGCGGCAACAAUCCUUCUGAGGCGGAUGCAACCGUUUUCGGCUUCAUUGCCUCAGGUUUGGAGUGUGCAGCGGCACCGGAUAGCAAAGGGAUCAUAAAGGGUUACCCUGUCUUGGUCGAUUAUGCGGAGCGAAUCCAUAACGUUUACUUCGAGGACUAUGCUCUGUGGGACGAAGAUGCUUGAGGGAUCCAUAGUGGAACGAAGCUUUGGAGAAUAAGUGUCACUCAUGACAUGACCGGCAUGUUGAUAGAUUCGCUCGAGUAGUCAAAUCUUUUGAUGUAGAUCAAUAUAUCGACUAGACAAAACACGUAUCUUGAAC